CUCAUGUCUCCCGCCUCAGAUGGGAGUUACUUGUAAAAAAUAAAAAGAUUUGUUUGGUUUAUUUGCAAACUAGUAAUUCAUAUUACGUGCAUAUUACUGCUUCUACUUUAUUUUUAAUCAUUAUCUUACAAAAAAAUUAUCUCAUUAUUAAAGUAGCUUAUAAAUUGCAUUUCUUGUACUAGUUUCGUAUACUGCAGUGUUUGUGGCGACGCCGGUAAACGGGUUUUGGACAGUAAUAUUUAAAUUGUUUCCAUAUAAGUGCUCCUGUUUUUAAUUGUAUCGUUUACGUUAAAAUUAUACUAGUUUUAAUUUUACACAUUAUACCAUGGGCGUAAGAAAUUGUGUUACAACUUGUGGUUAAAACUCUACUUUUUAUUUUAAGACAAACAAAAGGACUACACAUUCACAUGAUGAGACGACACAUUCUUAGACUGUUUCGAGUCCGCAACUUAAUUAUAAUAACUGUAAUAAUUGGAACUAUAUACCUUGUAAAAUCCUUCAGUGAUGUUAAAUCUUUAGAACCAUUUAAACAAUCAUUGCUUGGCACUGUGGUAAAGGAAUAUUUCGUACCUUCUAGUUUGAGAAAAAUUGACUGGCAUGAUUAUAAGAAGAUAAAAUAUGAGAGGAAACAAAAGGGGAUUGGAGAGCAGGGCAUUCCUGCAUAUUUAUCUAAAAAUGAGGAAGCACUUGAAAAGGAAUUAUAUUCAGUAAAUGGAUUUAAUGGUGCACUCAGUGAUAAAAUACCUCUUAACCGAUCUUUACCUGACAUACGGCAUAUUAAAUGUCAGAAACGGUUAUAUAUUGAAUCGUUGCCUACCGUUAGUGUGGUGGUACCAUUUCAUAAUGAGCAUUGGAGUACAUUGCUUCGUACAGCUGUUAGUGUUCUUAAUAGGUCACCCGAGUUCUUAAUAAAAGAAGUAAUUUUGGUGGAUGAUGCUAGUACAAAAGAUUUCUUAAAAAAGAAACUAGACGACUAUUUAUCAGCCAACUUACCCAAAGUGCGUGUGAUAAGGCUGGCCAGUCGGAGUGGGUUGAUUACAGCUCGACUUGCUGGAGCCAAGGCGGCUUCGGCUGACGUCUUGUUAUUCCUGGACUCGCAUACAGAAGCAAAUGCCAACUGGUUACCUCCACUGUUAGAACCAAUAGCCCUAGAUCACCGCACAGUGGUGUGUCCAUACAUUGACGUGAUCGCCUACGACACAUUCGAAUAUCGUGCCCAAGACGAAGGAGCGCGCGGGGCCUUCGAUUGGGAGUUGUACUACAAGAGAUUGCCCUUGUUGCCUAAGGACCUCGACAAUAUGCCGGAGCCAUUUGAGAGUCCCGUAAUGGCGGGAGGUUUAUUCGCGAUAUCCCGAUCGUUCUUCUGGGAGUUGGGGGGCUACGAUCCUGGAUUAGACAUAUGGGGAGGGGAGCAGUAUGAACUCAGUUUUAAGAUCUGGCAAUGCGGUGGACGUAUGGUGGACGCGCCGUGUUCCCGCGUGGGACAUAUCUAUCGCAAGUUUGCCCCAUUCCCCAACCCGGGGCAUGGAGACUUUGUGGGACGGAACUACCGUCGCGUGGCCGAGGUUUGGAUGGACGAAUACGCUCAGUACUUGUACAAGAGACGACCCAACUAUCGCAACAUCGACACGGGAGACAUCUCCGAACAGAAGGCUCUGAGGGAGAGGUUGCGUUGCCGGUCCUUCAGGUGGUUCAUGACCCAGGUGGCGUUCGAUUUAACAGUGAAAUACCCGCCGGUGGAACCCAACGCUUUUGCUGAAGGAAGAAUAAAACCGGUGUCGAAUUCGCAACUAUGCGUAGACGCACAUCACGGCGCUCAGAUGGACAAAGUGCUUCUAAAGAGGUGUACGGAGAGCACAGCGGGCGAACAGAAGUUCAUGCUGUCUUGGCACAAGGACGUUAGAUCGAAGAGUAGAAAUAUGUGCUGGGACCUUCCCGAGUCGGCUCCCAAAAGCCCGAUCCUGCUGUACUCCUGUCACCUGGGAGGAGGCAACCAGCUCUGGAGGUAUUAUCCGGACACAAAACGCUUGAAGCACGGCACAAAUGACAAUUGUCUCGACUGGGAUCCGAACUCACGAGCCCUAUAUAUAAUGCCGUGCGGGGACUCCCCCACUCAACAGUGGAGUAUAGACCACGUGGAUUACGAGAUGAUGGGGAAAUGGGACAACGUGGCUAAACCGGUCACCGGACCGGUUGAAGAUUAUUAAUUUUUAUGAUUGAUUAUUUUUUGAUGUGGAUUUCUAAGUAGGCAUUAAAUUAUUUGUCUUUCUACUGAGGAGUUAUCUUA